GUGCAGCCUACCGUAGAUGCUGCAUGACAGCAGAUUCCUUGGUCAGCGAAGCGAACACGACAACAGAGUUGAGAUGGCGCCCUGGUUGCUUGUCCAUUCCUUCUUCGCCAGCUCGUCUCGACUUCUCUGAGUUGAUUAGCAGUUUGCAACAUGGUAGAGAGCAAGAGUGAAAGCUCUUCACUGCCACGGGGCCCGAUUCUUGCCCUGGCGGGGGUGUUCAUGACAAAUGCUCUCUCCAGUACGGUUUUGCUGCCGUUUGCAGCUUUCAUGGUCGACAGUUUCCAUGUCACUGACAACAGAGACAAGCUGGGCUACUAUGCUGGCUUCCUUGCCAGCAGCUUCAGUUUUGGUCUCCUAUGCUCCAGCAUCUUUUGGGGGAUCCUCUCUGAUCGCAUAGGCAGGCGCCCGGUCCUCCUCUUCGGACUGGCCACCAACUUUGUCUGCGCUCUCUCUUUUGGCUUUGCGACAAGCUUUCGGAUGGCAAUCUUGACACGGUUUUUUAACGGGCUGCUGACGGGAGUGAGCGGGGUGGGGAAAACGGCUGUUUCAGAGAUCACCAACUCGAGCAAUCAAGCAGCAGGGUUUUCUGUCAUUGGCGUCUGCUGGGGCAUCGGGCUCCUUUUCGGGCCGGCCCUCGGGGGUUUCCUCUGCCAGCCCGUUGACAAGUACCCCUUCAUCCCAAUCUUCCAUAAGGGAUCCCUCUUCGACCAAUUCCCAUACGCUUUACCAUGCAUGGUCCUGGCGGCUCUGACGGCGGUCGGGUUUCUGAUCGUGUUCCGCUAUCUGCCCGAGACGAAAGGCCUGGCGAAGGCUGCCGAGGAAGAAGCAAGCGCAGACGAGGGGAGAAGUUUGGUGCCUAUGCCUCCGGGGCAGGACUCGCAUGAGCGGAAACGGUUUCUUGAGGGGGGCCCUGGGGCGGAAUCUGAGGGGGGGAACGUGUGGAGCUCGGCAGAGCUGGGGGAAAGGGUUCAAAUGGUGGAUGGUACGGCAAGCGGAGAUUACCCGGUUGUGGGUGAUCUGAGUGAAGGGGCACGAAAGCCGGAAGGAAAGCGACGGUGCCGCCAACUUUUGGAACUAGGGGGCUCAGGAAGAUUGUUGGAGACCGACGGGAUUGAUACUUGUUUGCUGCGAGAAGGGAGUGGGAGCGACUAUCAGUCAAAGUCUAGGAGAGCCAGUUUUGAGGUGACGGCGCUAGCAGUGGAAUCUGCGGGGGUUGGCUUGCAGGGAGUAGGAAGAGUAACCCCGAGCCACGAUCAGCGGACGUAUAACGUGUUUAGACCUAGUGAAAGCGAGCGGGCUUUGGAGGAGGGAAUGGUGGAAGAGUCCUUGCAGAGAGUUGGGAGCAAGAAGGGCGGAGUUUUGUCGAGUUUGCGGGGUUGGCUAGUCGGGAAAAAGAGCAGGCAACCAGAGUAUAAGCGCUUGGAUUCGCAUGUGGUUGUGGGCUCGGACAGCGAAGCCGAGGAUGAUCCCCCGGGUCCCAGCGCCCUUUCAAAGCUCCUCGCUCCCCGUAAGAAAUCUACAGAUGAGCGGGGGUCGCUCAUGCGAGCGAUGUGCGAAAAGGAGAUCCUGGUCUGCCUGAUUAUCUACUGUAUGUUGUCGUUCACGUUUGGGGCGUUCGAUGAGGUCUUCCCGCUGUGGAGCCUCAGCGAUUGGCACUCUGGGGGGCUGAACUUCGGGACGAACAACGUGGGCAUGGCGCAGACCGCGGGCGGUGUCGCACUGAUUCCUUUUCAGCUGUUCGUAUACCCGUGGCUGGCCAAGCAGGUGGGGCCGCUGAACACCAUGCGCAUUGGCAUGGGCACCGGCGUCCUGCUCGCGUUGUUUCCGCUCAUCCGGGUCGCCGGACACAACCGGACGCUCGUACAGGUGGCGGCCAGUGGCGCCAUGAUGGUCCGCAGCGUCUCCUCGCUCUGCAUCUUCACGUCCAUCUUCAUCCUCCUUACCAACGCCGUCAGCGAUCCGCAGCACCUGGGCGGCAUGAACGGAGUCGCGGCUUCCGCUGCCGCUGUGAGCCGGGCCGUUGGGCCCACUGUGGGCGGGUCCGUGUUUGCCUGGAGCGUCGGCCAGCACGGGAUAUUCCCACUCGAUUACCACCUCGCGUUUGUGAGCACAGGCGCAAUUUUGACCGCAACGCUAGUUGUCUCCAUACUCCUGCCAAGUACCAUUAACGAGCGGAAAUUUGUAACGGGUUGAUGUCAUAGAUCGACACUGGUGCUUCGCUCUUUGCACGCUGUAGGGUUGUGUACUUCACUGUACUUUAUCGACAAUUCCUACAAUCAUAGAGCAGCCGGAGCUUCCCAAAGUUUUGGCAGGAUGAGGAAAUCUUGUACAUUCCGAUGAAGGGUGCCAAGGUCUACGAGAGCCUCGGGUAUAAGGGCCAAGUAUGAACCACGAUUCACGAGCCGAAUUAAACCACCAUAUAUGAUUGCGGCGAAAAAAGUAAUGACGGUCGAUCGUGUAAAAUGGGCAUUAAUUCUGCAUGAGCUGGAAAUUUGCUCAGUGCAUCGGUUGAAGACUCAGUUUAGG